AUGUGCGUCAAGGGUCGAUUCUUUCCUUCCCGAUCAAUUGUCCUCCCGCGAGCCGCCUGUGCUCUCCGCCCCGUCGACAUCGGCGUCGCCGGCGCCACCUCAAAGGCAGCUACGUCGUCAAAGAUCGAUCUGCAACUGCAAGACAGCAGGAUGUCGACGCCCGUCUGGAGCACCGACGACUACGACCAGAUGGCCGUUCUCGGCCGCGGCUCCUUCGGCCUGGUCGUCAAGGCGCGGCACUACGACACCGGCAAGAGACUCGCCAUCAAGACCCUCACCGAAACCACGCAGCACGGCCACGACGAGCUUCUCCGCGAGGCCGAGCUCCUCCUUGCGUGCCGCGGCCACCGCGCCGUCGUCCAGCUCCGCGCCAUGUCCGUCUCCCCCGACCCGCUCAAGCUCUCCGCCGUCGUGAUGGAGUACGUCGGCCCGAUCCUGCGCCACGUGCUCUCGAAGCUCCGCCGCGGCCGGCCGUUCCAGGAGUCCCAGGCCCGCUCCGUCAUGCGCCAGCUCCUGUCCGGCGCCGCCCACAUGCACAGGAAGGGCGUCAUCCACCGGGACAUCAAGCCGGAGAACGUCCUCGUCUGCCUCGACUCCGUCAGCGUCAAGAUCUGCGACCUGGGGCUCGCCAUGUCCUUGCGCGACUCCUCCCCGCCCUACGGCCGCUACGGCACGGCAGGGUACGUGGCGCCCGAGGUGCUCAUGGGGAAGGCCGACUACGACCACAAGGUGGACUCGUGGUCGCUUGGCUGCGUCAUGGCCGAGCUCCUCACGGGCAGGCGGCUCUUCCGGGCCGGGGUGGCCGACGACUCGGACCAGAUGCUCCGGAACUUCCCGCCGCCGGGCAUCCCCAUCGCCAACAGGCUGCGCCGGGUAUUACCCGAGGACCGACUCUCCGGACAAGGGCUCCAUCUCUUGAGUGGCCUCCUGUUCUGCAUGUAUCCCCAUUUCAAAAGAAAUAUAAGGAAAAUGCUAUUGUAA